UUAAAGGAAGUUAUAAUUCGACGAGGACGAGAACAAUUUAUCAAGAAGAUUUUCGAUGACCAUUCAAAUUGCAGUAAAUCUCAAGCGUCGAGUCGCUGCCAACCAACUCUAAAUUAUUGUUGCUUUUAUUUUCAUAUUUCAUAUUUUAUUUUAAACUUUUCAGUUGCGCAUGUGAAUAUUUGUUUUUUAUGAACUUGUUUUGGAAGACUGCUGGAAAAGAAGGCUUCCUUGUUCUUGACUACACAGCCAUAGAGCAUUGAAAUGACUGGGACCGUAAUGCCAGUGGUUGCAUACUGAUUGGAGGAGGGCAGUGCCAGUGACUGGAGAAGCCCUGUGUGUGUCAGCCAGCAGGAUGAGUGUGUCUGAUGGUGUGGCGAGAACAGCCAGCAUGGACGUAGAUCAAUUACAGCAAUGGCAGGCCGUCGUCCUUCAGAUCUACCCGCGCCUGUCCCAGGAAAUAGCAGCAUGUUGUAUCCUCCAGGUCAGCCCAGGGGCCACGGCCGCUACGGUUAUCCAGAACGCAGGGGCCACGCUGGGCCUGGACAUGACCCGGCACUACGCCCUCCUGGAGGUCAGGCAGGAUGGAGGGGCUGAGAGGAGGCUAGGGGACUCUGAGAUGCCCGUGGAGAGGGUGUUGCUGUGGCCCCCAGGGGCCCGGAACCAGCAUCCCCAGGAGGAGGGGUACUACUUCAUCCUCCAAGGAGGUGGAGGGGAUCUGGGGUCAGGGACAGGCAGUAGUGAGGUACCUUCACUGGAGGAAUAUGACGACCUGUGCAGCCUCUCCACCCUGACCGAGGACACUAUCCUGGCCACAUUGCGCCAGCGCUUCUACAAACACAACAUCUACACGUACGCCAGCGGCAUCCUGGUCGCCAUUAACCCCUUCAAGUUCCUACCCAUCUAUAACCCUAAGUAUGUCAAAAUGUACAACAACCAGCCGCUGGGAAAACUGAGCCCUCACAUCUUUGCGGUGGCGGACGUGGCGUACCGCACCAUGCUGAAGAAGCAGGAGAACCAGUGUGUGGUGAUAUCAGGGGAGAGCGGAUCAGGAAAGUCCCAGAGCACCAACUUCCUGGUUCACUGUCUGACGGCGUUGAGCCAGAAGGGCUACAGCAGCGUGGCGGAGAGGACCAUCUUAGGAGCUGGGCCUGUCCUGGAGGCAUUUGGCAAUGCUAAGACGGCUCAGAACAACAACUCCAGUCGCUUUGGGAAGUUUAUCCAGGUCAACUAUCUGGAGAGUGGGGUGGUGAGAGGGGCGGUAGUAGAGAAGUACUUCCUGGAAAAGUGUCGGCUGGUGUUUAGAGAGAAGAAUGAGAGGAGCUACCACGUGUUCUACUACCUGCUGGUGGGGGCGUCCAAGGAGGAGCAGAGAGAGUUCAGUCUUCUGCAGCCUGAAGACUACACAUACCUGCAACAGGAGGACUUUCAUUUAGAAGACGCUGAGGACCUCAGGCAUGAGUUCAAGAGGCUCCAUCAGGCCAUGGAGAUGGUGGGAUUCCUGGUCCCUACCAAGAAACAGAUCUUCUCUGUGCUCUCUGCCAUCCUGUACCUGGGCAACGUGACGUACAGCCAAUCGGAAGACGGCCAGGGGCUGGAGGCAGGGCCAGCAGAUGUCCUCUCUAUCCUGUCUGACCUGCUGAAGGUCAAACAGGAGUUGCUGGUGGAGGCCUUGACUAAGAAGAAACAAAUGACGGCCAACAACACCCUAGUUCUACACUACACUCUCAAGGAGGCUGUGACAGUGCGGGACUCGAUGGCCAUGUCUCUGUACAGCUCUCUGUUUGAUUGGAUCAUCCUGCGCAUCAACCACGCUCUGCUCAACAGACGAGACAUGGAGGAGGCUGUCUCUUGUUUGUCUAUAGGUAUCCUGGAUAUAUUUGGUUUUGAGGACUUCCAGACGAACAGCUUUGACCGGUUCUGUAUUAACUAUGCCAACGAGAAAGUUCAGUAUUACUUCAACCAGCACAUCUUCAAGCUGGAGCAGGAGGAGUACCAGGCAGAGGGGAUCAGCUGGAGCCCCAUUGACUACACAGACAACCUGGGCUGUAUCCAUCUGAUCAGCCAGAAACCCACUGGACUGUUCCACAUACUGGAUGAGGAGAGCAAUCUCCCCCAUUCCACAGACAACACCCUGUUGGAGAAGUUCAAGCAGCAGCAUCAUGAUAACCCGUACUUCGUCCCCACAACGGUGAUGGAACCAGCCUUCAUCAUACAACACUUCACUGGGACCAUCAAGUACCAGAUCAAGGAUUUCCGGGAGAAGAACACGGACCACGUGCGUCCGGAGAUCGUGUCGUUACUACGCAGCAGUCAGCGGGCGUUCAUGCGUCAGCUGAUGGGGUCAGAUCCUGUGGCCGUUUUCCGAUGGGGAAUCCUCCGGUCCACCAUACGCAUAAUAGCAGUCUUCAAGGAGGCCGGGCGCCGCCGGGCAGCCGCAGGUCUGGCGAAACCCACCUCCUGUCGCAUUACAGGGGAACUGAAGAGGAGACCCAUGUUGGCUCUACAGAGACUGUCCAGCUCCUGGCUGGACUUCUCGUUCGAUCGGUCUGAUGACCCCCCUCUGGAGGAGUUAGAGGACGUCUUCGCCAACUAUGAGAACAGGAAAAAGACCAAAGGCAGGAAGAACAAGCAGCUCAUUCCUAAGAAUCUGAUGAACUCCCGGUCCCUGAAGCACAUAGUGGGUCUGACGCUCCACGACCGCACCACCCGCUCUCUGCUCCACGACCGCACCACCCGCUCUCCGCUACACCCACACCAGAGGAAGCAACCGUCCAGCAUCAGCGCUCAGUUCCAGGCGUCUCUCAAUCAGCUGCUGGAGACUGUGGGCAGAGCAGAGCCUUUCUUCAUCCACUGUAUUCGUUCCAAUGCUGAGAAGAAGGAGAUGCUGUUUGACGAUGCUCUAGUCUUACAGCAGAUGAGGUACACGGGCAUGUUGGAGAUGGUACGCAUCAGGAAGUCUGGCUACAAUGCCAAGUUCACCAUCAAGGAGUUCCUAGAGGAGUUUAAGGUGUUGUUGCCUAAAGAAUCCACCUCGGCACCGAAGGACAUAGCUAACCUGCUGCAGAAGAUGGGCCUGGGACAGAGCACAUAUCAGAUUGGGAAAACUAAGGUGUUCCUAAAGGAGAGGGAGAGGCAGCAUCUGCAGGACACCCUGAACAAGGAAGUGAUGCGUCACAUCGUCAUCCUCCAGCGCUGGUUCAGGACCUGUCUGGUCAGGAGUCACUUCCUCUGCAAGAAAGAUGCCGCCAUCAGAAUACAGCGAUGUUGGCGGGCGUUCCGAGCGGACAACAGGUGCCUUGCGGCCACAGUGAUCCAGGCGGCAUGGAGAGGUUCUCAGGAGAGGACAGACUACUUGAGAAAGAGGAACAGCAUCAUGAAAAUGCAGGCAUUCAUCAGGAACAAACAAGGUCCAAACGGCUCCAAGGCUGAGGGAGAGAAGCCCACCACCCCUCCCCAGCUCCCUCCCAAAAUGCAGUCCAGGCACCAGCCCCCGCCCAAGCUCCACACCCAAAACCAGAGAAGCCUGGACAGGACGGAGCUGCACAGUGAGGAACACAGUCCCAACAGAAGCCCCAAGACAGGCCCAGAAGUCAUUGGACAGAAGGCCACCCAGAGGAACACAGAGACGGAGAAGAGAGAGGGAAGAGGCUCUCCACCUCCCCUCAACAGACCUCUCUCCCUCCCUCUAGACCCCAAGGCUGGCAGGGAUGGAGAGGGGGAGUCAACCGGCCCCUCCCACCACACAGGCUCCCUGGAGGGCUGCUCCCGCUUGGAGGACAUCAAGGAGCACACUAAGAGAUGGAAGGAGAGCAGAAUGGAGGGAGGACACCAGGAAGACUCCCGCCCUGAGGUCCAGCGCCCCAGGGAUAUGGAGGGGUUGCUGUGGAACUCUGGGUCGGGGUCAGACAGCUCUCCCUCCGCUACUGAGUUUCCGAAAUCUUCUGAUAUUUCCACGGACGGGGCUAGGUUCAGCCGCCCAGAUGAGCGCGCAACCCUCAGAGACUCCAGCCAAUCCCAGCCGACCACUCCUGAGAGGCUUGGCAUCUUCAGUAAAUUUCGGAAGAAACGAAAUGCGUACGGGAUGGUGACCAAUGAGAAUGCACCAUCUGGGAGAGGAGCCACCUCUACCUCCUCCCCGUACUCUGGACGGCGUCCUAACACCACCAUCAGGAUCAGCCGAGCCACGCGGGUCUCCGAGCAGUGGAAUGCUUCUCUGGAACGGGAGAUCACCGACACCAACGAGCUCCGACACCUGGAUGAGUUCCUGGGGAACCAGGUGAAUGAGCUGAGGACCAGGGUAAAAGAGCUGUCAGCGACAGAGAGCAUCUUUCUCACAGCCACCAUGCAGUUCAGAGAGACCAUCAAGGGCAUGUACUCCGUCUCUAAGCCCCACAUCAGCUACAAGGACCUGAUGACGGGCUACCACAACUGUGUGUCCAGUCAUGCUGGAGCCAAGCAGCUGACUGAGGUCAGCCUGGUGGUCAACCUGUUUCAGUCCGUCCUGGACGGCUUCAUACGGGGAGAGAUCAAACGAGAGGGGGUUGGGCCGGUCAAGACCAUGAACAAGCCAAAGACCAGAGGGAAAAAGAAAACAUGUCCCAACAGCCCUUUAGGUCACAUGUUCAGUACGUACCAGGUCAACAUCAGGCAGUCCUGUGACCUGUGUGGUUUCUACAUCUGGGGCAUGGAGAAGGCCUACAUGUGCAGCGCUUGCAAAUUGAUAUGUCACAAGAAAUGCCUCUCCAAAAUCAUCACUGACUGCUCAACUCGAUGUGCCAGGCUGGACGAUGGGGGACCUGGCCAUCUGCACUUUGGGGUGCAGGUGUGUGUGCUGACCAGUAAGACCUGCCCGAUCCCCAUGGUACUUCGGAUGAUGCUGGAGCAUGUGGAGAUGAAUGGCCUGUACACAGAGGGCAUCUACCGCAAAUCUGCUUCUGUCUCGCUCGCACGGGAAUUACACCAGCUACUGGAGACUGACCCUGAGACAGCGACUCUGGAGAACUACUCCAUCCACACGGUGACAGGCCUGGUGAAACGCUGGCUCAGAGAGCUGCCUGACCCCCUCCUGACUUACCGCCUCUACAAUGACUUCCUGCACGCCGUCGAGUUGCCAGAGCAAUCUGAGCGCCUUCGUGCGGUCUACCAGAAACUGGACGAGCUUCCCUCCGCUAACUUCAAAACACUGGAGAGAUUGGUCUUUCACCUGGUCAGAGUGACAAAGUUGGAAAAUCACAACCGGAUGUCAGCUAACUCCCUGGCCAUAGUGUUUGCCCCCUGCAUCCUGCGAUCCCCAAACACCACUGACCCCUUCCUAGGCAUGAAGGAUGUCUCCAAGACAACUACGUGUGUGGAGAUCCUGAUCUCAGAACAGUUCAGACGGUACACUGAGAAGAUGAAGGAUAUCACCGAGCUGGAGUACGCUGAGGCCGUGGCCGUCAACCAGCUCAAACUCAAGAGACGGAACACUAUCUCAGAGAAACCUUCAUCGAAGCUGGACGCCCCUCACAUGGACAACCUUGCUCCGUCGGAUAUAGACAUGGAGUCAGAGAGGACCCUCAUCGAAAGGAUCAAAUCCAUCAAGCAGGAGAAGGAGGAUCUGGCAUGCAGGUUGCCAGAGCUGGAGCAGGAUAACUCAGACAACGACAACAUGGACUCUGAGUCAUCAAUCAGCUCAGAGAGCCUGAUGGAGGAUAGAGUGGGGAGCCUGGACUCAGAAGUUUCUCCAACAGGCAGAGUGAACCUGUUGUGGAGGAGCCAGAGGCAGGAGUGCCCUCCUAAGCCCCCUGAUCUGGCCCAGAGAACUACUACAGCCACAGGCCAUGACCAGGCCAGGUGGACAGAACCCCCAGCCCACAACAAGACCAGGAGCAGGAACUUCUCAGAGCUGGACAUCCCCUUCAUAGAUGAAGAAGAGGACUAGCCUGAGUGGCAGUCUGUUUUUGCUCCCAGUUGAAUUGUCAUGCCAAACAUGACUGGACAAUGACAGCAAUGGAGUUGGAAAGAGCACUAAACAGAUCUGGGACCAGGCUAGAGGACAUCUAGGACGGGGCCAUAUUGACCUCCGACAGGUGGCGUCACUAAUACACCAAUGCUAGUCCUUCGACUGAUAGCGCUGGAGCUGUAUAACGGCAACAAGAACCAAGCACAUUCUGUAUAUUUUCCUACGUCCAUUAAUGUGUGUGUAAUGAUCAUAGCUCAAAUCAAAUCUAAUUUUGUUUGUCACAUGCGCCGAAUACAACAGACGUAGACCUUACCUUGAAAUGCUUACUUACGAGCCCUAAGAAAAAUGUGUUAAAUAAACUGAAGGAAAAAUAGUAACAUAACAAUAAAUAAUAAUAACGGGGCUAUAUACAAGGGGUACUUACCGAGUCAAUGUGCAGGGGUACGGGUUAAUUGAGGUAAUAUGUACAUGUAGGUAGGGGUAAAGUGACUAUGCAUAGAUAAUAAACAGAGUAAUUAUAAUAAAUAAGAGGGUCAACGCUGUCAUGACUUCCGCAGAAGUUGGUGCCUCUCGUCACCGGCUUUCUAGCUGCCACCGAUCUGCGUUUCUGUUUUCAAUUGGUUUUGUCUUAUUUGUACACACCUGGU